UAUCGUUGUUUCCACUUGCACAAGCCAAAAACAUGUGUUACAUAAAAAAAACCUUACUCCUAACAAUAUAGUUCGAUUCAAUGUAUUUAAAAAGAUGUACAUUUUUUUUUAGAUUUUUUUAGGCGUUUCAUACAAAAAUUCUAAAACAUUAUUUGUGCACUAUUUGUUGUCACUGUUUCCAAAAUUUUAGUUUAAAAUUAGUUUUAAAACAUCCCUCCUCCAUUUUCAUCCGAUUUUAAUCAAACGUGCCUUAGAAAAUGGACUAAUACGUCUGUAUUUUGUUUUUGCGUCACUGCUAAGGUAAACUCGAGUUUUUAAAAUCCUUUCCUUAUUUUCAAGUAGUUUCAGGAGAUAAAUUGAGAUUAAGAAACGGAUAAAAAAGUUGUUGACAACUAAUAAGGGGUUUAUUUACUUGAUAAAUGUAGAUCGCCCUGGAAGAUCUGUUCAAACAGCGCAUUCCAGACCAGAGUCGCUUCACUUUGAUCGAUGGUAGCCCGGGGCUUGAUCUGUUCACCCGGUCUGGAACUUAAAUAGACAAUCAAUACACAAAUGAAACUAAAUAAUUACUCCGCGUUUUUAUUUAAUUGAAUUCAGUUGAGUCGUUAUCUAUUUUAUAUUGCACGUGCUCACUGCAUAUACAUAUAGUAUUUAAUUUGUGAUCGGGUCGGUAUACGUGGAACAAACAUUGGAACAAAAAUGUAUUUACUCUAGAAGUUGAUUGGAAUGAAAACAUACGGAACAUAUUCGAGUGUUGAUAUUUUUGUCGCAGACGAUAGUAAAAUUAAAAUGGCGUUAACAACAUUUUGUAAAUGGAAAAUAAAUUCAGUUGAAAUUAUAGGGCUAGAAGUGACAAAGUUGUAAAAAGUGACGUGACGUGUUUUUCAAUGAUUUUAAAAUGGAACGUAGGAUGAUCUCUCGUGGUAACGUCCCUUGUCGAAAUUAGUUCCGCUUACCUUUCUUGGUUUGCAAUUUCAAACCUGUGUGAUGUACCACGCAGUUUCCGGACCGUAUACUCUAAUCGAACAAAAAUCAAUACGAGGAAAAUAGAAAUCAAAUACGCGUGAUGCAAAGUAAACACCGCUCGGAAAAAGAACAACCCCGAUUGUGUUUUCCUAAUCAAUCACAAACGUAAUGUAAUCCGAUGGGCAAAAAUUGAAAAGUGAAAUACACAAUUGAUUUUAAUAAAUUCUUUUUAGAUCCGAGAUAAUGGCUAUAUGACUAUACGACACUAGGAAUUUACAUAUCUUUCAAACAUUUAUCGUGAUAAAUGCUAAACAACACUUGACUUUUGUUUGACUGCUUUUAAUAAUAUUUGUUUGAGGGUUAUUUUUGAAAGUUAAGAUCUGAGUUCUCGUAUACAACGAGGGAAUCGCAUUAACCAAAAACGCUUAAUGAUAAGUAAAAUGCAUAACCUAAAAUCAGUGCACUGGGACAAGGGCGGGAUUUAUUUAUUCGAUUUCAAAUGCAAUAUUACGUUAAUAAUCGCAUUUUAGCGGAAAUCGGGAUUUAGAAACUCCUUUUUAAUUAAAUUCUUAUUUAUCUUAUUAGUUGAUUUGUUAAACAUGAAAAGAAUAUAUUGACGGAGAGAGUCGGGAAUAACAAGAAGGAUUGUAUUGAAAUGUUUUUUAAUUAGAUGAGGGCAGAGUAGUUUAUUCUGUUGGAUGUUAAAAUAUGUCGUCUGCUUUGGAUGUUAAAAUUUGUCGUCUGCUGUAAAAAAAAUUUUUUUUUAAAAAUCAAGAAAUAAAAAUGACGAAAAAGAAUCGGAAGUGGUUGGGUCUCAGACGGUUUAAAAUGCAUAUGUAAAUGAAGUUGGAUAUUACAAUGUGUCGUCUGCUUUAAAAUUUAAUUAAAAAAUGAUAAAGAAUAAAAAUGACAAUAAAAAUUCGGAACUGCUUAGAUCUCGGAUGGUUUGGAAUGCAUAUAUAAAUGAAGUCUUAAUAUACUCAACAAAAUUCUGCAACAAUAGUUAGUUGGAUUUUAAAGAAGACAAAAAAUGAAGGAUAUUCCGAGAUACGGCUAUUCCAUGUUGCCUCCCAUACGCGAGGAAAUGCAGGCGGACGCGCGUUCGGACAGUGUGCACUUCCGGGAAGAUGCCACUGGUCACAUGCUGUGUUGGGGAUCCGGAGAAUUCGGACAACACGGACACGGAUACAAGAAGGAAGUCGCAUUUCUGGACGGGGCCGUGGAAAGAUUCUGUGCUGCACGAGACCAUCAAGUUAAGCACGUGGGAUGUGGAUCAAGUCACACAGCUGUCGUAACAAAUUCGAAUGAACUAUUUCUAUGGGGGAAUGGCAACAGUGGGCAGCUGGGCACCAAUGAUAUUACAACAAAGCUCGAGCCUCAACGGCUUCCACUUUAUACCAACCAGGACACGAUCCCCAACGUUGCCGGUGUGUCGUGUGGUGGGAGACACACCAUGGUGUGGCUGGAAAAUGGAAACGUGUUCAGUUUCGGGAACAACUUCCACGCCCAACUUGGCUACGACUUCCGGCAAAAGAAUUACAAAGAAAACCAGAGUUUCUGGGACGAUGACGACGACAACGCUAACGAUUGCGUAACUCAGCCCACACUUCUGAAGUUCCUUCUACACAAGCCGGUGGCCCAAGUCGCAUGUGGAGACAAGCAUACGAUAUUUCGAUUCCAAGAUGGCGGCGUGGCAUGUGUUGGGAACAAUGCGCACGGGCAAAUUGGCACGGGUGAUCGAGAAGAGGCGACGAUACCAAAGUUCCUGGAGGGACUCAAUCAACCAAUCAAAACAAUAGCUGCCGGAUCUCAACACUCAUUGGCUGUUACAGAAUCUGGUGAGAUAUAUGCUUGGGGAUAUGGUAGAGCAUGUGGCAACAAGACGGAUGAUGUGUUAGAACCUGUUAAAUUAUCAACACAUAGAAACAAUGUAAUAUCUGUGGCGGGCGGCAGUACACACUCCAUGGCAUUAACAGCCAAUGGAAGUGUGUACACAUGGGGAUACGGACACGACGGUCAGUUGGGUCACGGAGAGAAAAUUAAAUUUUUGUCUUCGCCUAAGCGAGUGAAAGACCGUCACGUGACAUGUAAAUGUAUUCAAAUAGAUUGUGGCGAGGCAUUUAGCGCUGCGGUAACAGAAAAAGGACUCCUGUACAUGUGGGGAAAGAACAGUCAUACAAUACUUCCAGAUAAACCAACAUCCCACAAAAUAUUCCUACCUCAUGGCGUCAAUAAAAAUUUCCGUGGUGGUCGUAUAGCAAAAAUAUUUUGCGGUUCUUGGCACGCCGUUGCUAUGAUUGGCCGGCCUCAAUUGUUGCUACGUGAAGACACGGAAUCUGGAGAAUCAGCAGACGAACAAGUGACAAACAACAAUGCUUUAGAUGCUGAGUUCGAGGAUGACAACGAUGACGAUGAAGAGGAAAUGACUGAUUCGGAAGCGGAAAUAACUAGUCCAUUAUUUAAACGGGAACAAACCACUAUGGAGCGGGAGAAGACAACAGUCAGUAUUGCAGACUUUUAUGCCCCAACACCGGACAUCAAUAAAUCAUAUCGUACCCCAAGUCCAGAGUUUUAUUUUGCAAAUGAAAAUGGGGAGGAGACGGACCGAAAUAAUUUGAGUACCACGAGAUCGGCUGCCACGUUAAUAGUCCAACUUCCCGUGCAACCGAUGACGUCAUAUGCAGACGCCGCUACAUCACCAAUGACGUUAACAACUACCAGCAGUAACACAAGCAGCAGUGUUACAACACUUUCCCGUGUUCCUAGUCCUGUACAAGAAAUAACAAACAGAAAAUUUGACAAACUUAUGAACAAACAAAUCAAACCUGAAAAGAAAUUUAAGGAAUUUGAUCCCCAGAAAUACGAAAGAGAGAAAUUAAGGAGUUCUACAACGCCUGUGUCCGAGGUAGUGCAGUUGAGUAGAACGCCCGCAAACGCUUUCACCUUGCCACACGAAACAACAGGCCUGUCGCGAAAACAUGUUGACUUCUCGGAAAUGGAAGAGAUACGAUUAAAAGGGCCAAGGUCACCGGAGAAACUUUCACGGUUGAGUCGACAUAGAGAAAGUCGUGAAUCUAGUCCUACCAAAUUCAGAGAACCUAGUCCUAGUAAAUUAAGAGAAAGUGUAAAUAGGUCAAGACACAAGUAUUUAGACAGUUCUUUGUCUUUUAAAAGUGAACUUACGUUAAUGGAAAGUCCAUUGUUUAAAGGAAGUAAGAAAAAUUCUUUGUUAGAAAGAGUGGCCCGGGUUCCUGAAACACCGUAUAUGGACGAGAGACAGUACACGCAUCACGUGCCAAAGCAGCAGCCACGGAAAUAUACCAAUCAACCGCCACAAGUCACAGAAUCAAAUUUCGGGUUACAAAUCUCGAGGUCAAGAACCAUAAUAGCGCCAGUCGAACCGGACACCAACGAUCAGUCAGAUAGACUUGCUCAACUCCGUCGUUACGCUGCCAUUCAUAAUCCCGGCACUACUUCCGGUAAAACAAACAUGGAGAAACUUCGACCAAUCAAACCGCGCCACGUCAGUAUACCAGGUGUGCGCGCAGAAUCACCGGACGAAGAAAAAGAUCAACUGUGCAUAGGCGGCGCUGUAAAUCCGAAAGAGAAACCAGUGUUUAGUAGCGGUUCUACAUGGAGGGAUAGAAAUGACCUUGACCGACUUGCUCCACGCAAGAUGGCCGCCGCAGGUAUUGUGAAAAUGUAUAUUGGAAACCACGAUUUAGUUGGAUCUAUGGAAAAUCCCCUUUACACGAGUAUAAGUGACGGAAGAGGACACAGUGACCCUAUUCUUGAUAGUGAUACAUUUAUAGUUCAACCUUUGCUUAAGAAAAAGGUAAAACAUUCUGAGGAAUCUAUAAAUAUAAACUUGCCAAACAUUGCUAUUAACCGGACACCAAGAGGCGGGGUAACCAGAUCUAAAUUAACAGAGACACCAAUGUGUAAUGACGGUGAAGAAUUAGACCUUACGUUGACAAAUACGUCACGAACGGACAAAAUGAUUGGUACCCGAGUAAGUUAGGGCUUAAAUGAAACCCGGUCAAUCAGUCCACUCCCUGAUACCCCGGGUCGAGCCUUGCGGGCGGGUAGAAGAGGUCCUAGGAUCGAUGACCAGCUAGCUAAACUAACCCGCUUGUCUAGUAUUAAAACGUGUGGCCAUUUCUAACAGGCAUGCUUUUUUGAAUAUUUUGCUCAAUUUGUCUUAACCAAACACAGCUUUCAGAUGCUUGACAAGCAGAAAUGUGUGUUUUACAGCAGCGAAAAUGAACACAAAAAUCUUUGCUCAAUGCAGCAGUCGAGGUUAUCUCGAUCCUGUUAACACUUUGUGCCAAAUAUACCAUAUUAAUACCAUGUUUACGAAAGCAAGAUGGACUGUUUGGGCUUCAUGUGCUUAUGUUUUGUAUUUUACUGAUCUCAAAAUAUAAAUAUAUAUAUACAUAAUAUAGAAACAUUCAUGACUCUUUAUUCAGCUUCAAUACAAUUUUGGCUUAACUCGAAUAAUUUGUCAACUAUACCGUCCAAUUGUAACUUCAUGUUUCCAAAAACCAUGUUUUUUGCUCCUCAAGUGCAAUUUUCCUGUUCCUACAGAAAUAUUUGUCAACACUAAUAAGCAACUUGGUAAGAAGCAAUUCCCAGUUGGCAAGAUUUGACAAGUCUUGUUAUUGCAUAUUUCAGUAAUAAUCUUACAACGGUCACUAGGGGGCAGUGCUAAUUUUAUUCACUUUUACAUCAGAAAGUAUCAUGACUGCGCAUUUCGUCGAUUAAAAUCUGAACCACUGACAUUGUUAUGAGUUUAAUGGAACGUCCAUAGAUAUAUCCUGAUGCUAUGUGACGCAGCUUGAAAUAUUUGUUUUAUCUUAUAAUAAGAUGCCAAUGAGUUUAGAGAAUUGAUACUUGGUAUAUUGAUACCAAACAAUAAAUGCAUUUACCCUUACCACGCUAAAUAUCAUAAUGAACUCGUCCAUCUUUUCAAAUGGACAAAACCAUAUAUCAUUUUUAGGACAAUUUUCAAAAUAGGUAUUGACUGAAUAACGAACAGUGCAGAUCAAUGAUCAGUUGGCGUGGAUAUUCCGGCUAGUCCUGGUCUUGCACUGGUCACAGUGGUAUAUUUAGUUGCCAAAAGUAGGCAAAGAUUAAAUUUUGUUUUUGAUAUUAUACAGUGAUAACGGUCACAGGUACCUGGUGUUGAACACAACCCCACUCCCUACCCUACCCUACCCUACCUGCCACCCUGACUCGUUAAGGUACAGGUUAGAUAAAAGAAGGUAAGAAUGGGAUAUUAGACGUCAGGCACCUGCGUCGACAAAUGUGCAAAGAGCCAUGAAUGAUAAAGCAUUGUGUUUAACAUAUGUUGUUGUUGUGAUUUAAUGUUUUAAGUUAAACAAUUGACCGCAUUAUGGUUAACAGUUGAGCUUUUGUUAUGUUGAGCUUUAUAUGUAUGAUAUGGAUUGUGGUGGUGAUCUAAUUCUUCACAUUCUAGAACAAGUGGCUCACUUGUAUUUUAAGACUGUUUCACUGUUUUGAGCUUGUAAGUUAAGCAGUUAAAUCUAAUAUAUUUACUAAAUCAAGCGCAUAUGCUUAACAUUUCAUCUCAUGUCGACCAAUUAAGCUUCUUGUGUCAAACAAUUCAGCUCCUUAUCUCAUAUGUUAAGCAAUGAAUUUCAGUAUGCUCAAUAAGUUAGCUCUGUAACAAUUAAUUAACAAUUAAGUUCCUUUUGUUUCACAAUGAAGCCAUUUAUGUUUAACAAUGAAGCUCAUUUAGCUUUGAGAUUAAGCUCUUAAUUUCAUAACUGAGCACAAUAUGAUAAACAAUUCACUUCCUUAUGUUAAACAAUGAAACUCAGUUUGCUUAGUAGUUAAGCUCCAAAUUUCAUGAUUAAGCUCAUUAUUUAAACAUUUAAGCUCCUUAUGGUAAAGAAUUCAGCUCGUUAUGUUAAACAAUUAAACUCAGUACGCUCUAUAUUUCAUAAUUAAGCUUAUUAUGUUUAACAAUAAAGCUCUUUAUGGCAAAACAUUAUGUUCAUUUUGUUAAACAAUGAAGCUCAGUAAGCUAAAAAAAUUAAGCUCUAUAUUUCAUAUCUAAUCUUAUAAUGUUUAACAUUUAAACUUUAAGCUCAUUAUGUUAAACAAUUGAGCUUGAAAUAGUGUUUGAAAUGUAAGCUUGUUUCAUGUGGCAAUAUGUUUGAGAUUCAUCUGGUUUGUUGUUUUGCUUUGUAAGAUGAUGUUGUUUUUACUGUGACUACAUUUUAUGUUGCUGCUAAUGUAUUUGACACUUACAUUACAAAUAAAGCCAAAAGUGCCAAAAUUAAAACAUUGGUAAUCAAGAAGUUUAUUUUUAAUAUUUAAGGCACAAUACUCAUAAUUUGUCGCAGUGUGCAAAUUUUUUAAUAUACGUUAUUUUUUAGCAAAUCUACAUCUGAACUGCUCAUUGCGCAUUAUUAUGUCACAUUUAUAAGGAAUACAUGAUGCUCGUGUUUGACAUGGUUAUUUUUGUUUAUGUUUGAUUGAAAAGACUUUUGAGACACUGAUUUAAUGCCAUAUGCAUUAUUUAUUUGAUUAUAUUUUUUCUCAAAAAGAAGUAUUAUUUCGUAACGUCUUAAUUUACGUAUUGUACUGAUUCGGUUACUCUAUCUUUCAAAUUGCUAAUGUGCCCAUUGCAACAAAUGGCAUUUGAACCAGGAAACUUACUAAUCCUGAUACUUAUGUAAGAAUGGUUUUUUUUCUUUCAUACUUUCAGUGAUUUGAUUAGUAAGAAAACGUUCGCGUGUGUUUGAGGUGGUCUGGUGUAAUGCUUGUUUCAUAAUUUUGAUUAAAUCGGUGCUAAUUACAUGUUUUGAUACUGAAUGUGUGAUGUUUGCCAUUUGCUAACGCUUUUUUUCACCAUCCAUUUCGGACAAAUGAUCAUACAUAUAUUAAUAUGAUAAAAUAUGUAUGCUACCUGCCACCCUGACUCGUUAAGCCACAACUUCCGGUAAUUCUAAAUGUAACAGUGACAUAAACUUCCGGUUGCGUAUACUUCCGGUAAUAUGAACUUCCGGUAAUCAGUCAGAUCACGUGUUUCAAUGGUUUUCAAGAAAGGGUUAGACAAUUCAAUUUAUUUAUUGAAAUCAAUCGCGGACCAUCGAACAUUUUUAAAAGAUUUGAUAUGCAAAUACAAAAAUAUAUAUGUUGUGUGUGUGCAUGUAUUUAUAAAUUGUGAUGUAAUUAGGAAAUUCAAAAAUUACAAUUCAAAUAACAUGUAUAUAGGCAUUGAUAUGCUUUAGCGAUGCACUGUUGUUGUGUUGUUUAUUUUAUACACUUGCGUUAUUCUUGUUUAUGCGUUUUAGAAAACAGUAUUAAAAUGCAUUAAAUUAUUUAAAAAAAA